AUGAGUCUUCCUGGAAGCACAACCCCGAUGCUAAUGGACGCAGUCGCCAGUGAGACAGCAACUCAACACCCCAUGAGCAACACAGGACAAGACCAAGUGGUCCGUAUCCCUUGGCUAAUGAGUCUUUUUAUUUUCUUCUACUCCCUCAUAUUUCUGAUCGGACUAACAGGAAACUGUCUCGUCGCCUUUGUUGUCAUGCGAAACAAAACAAUGCAGACGAUUACUAACAUCUUUAUUACCAACUUGGCCAUCUCUGACAUUCUUAUGUGUUUGCUCGCAGUUCCAUUCACCCCUAUUUCGUUUUUCUUAAAUUCUUGGAUCUUUGGGAAAGCGCUCUGCCAUAUUGUUCCCAUGAUUCUAUGUAUUUCCGUUUAUGUGUCAACCCUGACCUCAACAGCCAUUGCGGUGGAUCGUUAUUUUGUUAUUGUGUACCCAUUCAAGCCAAGAAUGAAAGUGUACAUGUGCGUACUAAUGAUCUUUGCCAUCUGGAUCAUCUCCAUUUCUAUCUCCCUACCACUGGGAAUCUACCACGAGGUGGAGCACUUAAACGAUUCUGUGUACAUGUGUUCAGAGAAAUGGCCAAAGCCGCAAGCUCGUCAGUUCUUCACGGUGACCAGUCUUGUGCUCCAGUAUAUUGUGCCUUGCAGCAUCAUCUCCUUCUGCUACACAAUGGUAUCCCUGGCUCUGAAGAAGCGCUCCAAGGUUAAAAUCGGUAGCGGAGCCAGGACACGAGAAAGAGAAGAACUGGAGAUUAAACGGAAGAAGAGGACUAACAAAAUGCUUAUAGCUAUGGUGGUUAUCUUCGUCUUGUGUUGGAUGCCCCUGAACAUAGCUCACCUGUGGAGAGACGCCGAUAAAUCACUCGAGUACUGGUACUACUUCACCCUCAUAUUCUUUGUGGCCCAUGUCAUCGCCAUGAGUUCCACAAUUUACAACCCGUUCCUCUACGCUUGGAUGAAUGAUAAUUUCAAGAAGGAAUUCCGGCAGGUGCUUCCUUGUCUUUUCUUUGGGCGAGGUGACAGCAGUACCUCCAACAGUUACACCCAGUACACCAGUGUGGAAACUCAACAGCCGUCCGUCAUCCUUAACCGAUCACCUAUGAAAAACGGAAACGACAAUGUGGUUCAGAUGAAAGACAUCAAGGCAUUCUAUGACACCGACUCUGAAAAGGUUCGGCUAAACGUUGUCGCAAACAACUGCGUGACGGGAAACCACGUAGAUUCCAAACAACUUUCUGUCGAGCAUGAACAACAAGAAAGUAACAACUUGGGACAGCAUAAACGCAUGUCAGAAGAGGAGACUGCAACGUGA